AUGAAUGAAUUGAAGGUAGCAUCAGCAGAUUCACUGUCAUCCACCACACAAGUGAUGGGUAUGACAGAUAUCCGUGAAGAAUUAAUUUCUAAAAUUCAAAAUCACAUGUAUUUUUAUUUAGUGAGAGAUGACAAGGAUGACAUUCAUGGUAAUACCAACAGUAAUAAUAAUCCAUGCACAACAUCUGAUACUACUACUACUACAAUUGAUAAUACUACUACUACAGAGGACACUCACAGUGAUCAUCAUGUGGCUCCCAAUAUCACCACCUCGACCACCACCACUUCCGAAAUCACCAAUAACCACAUCAUGGUCCAAACAGUUCCAACAGUUCCAACAGAAACAACAACAACUUGUGACAAUACCAUCAUGAUGAAUGAAUAUUCAUAUGAAAUCAUCCAUUUGACGGACACAAAGAUCAUUCGAUAUUUCAAAAGAAAUCAAACCAAUCAUGAUUCAUCAUCACUUCUCCAUUCAUUUACCAUUCACAUUCCUCAUACUCAAUCUCGACUCAUUGUCAUGAAACAAGUACUUGCCACUCAUAGCAAAGUAUUUGAGAAGAUGUUUCAUAGUGAAAUGAUGGAAUCCAAAUCGAAUGAAAUGACACUUGAUGAUACCAUGCCCAUGAUUCAAUAUUUUGAACAAAUGAUUCAUUUCAUUCAUUUGGGAUAUUUGGGAGUUUCUAAUUUUAAAUUAUUACAAGAGGAUGAUGUAAUGUGUUGUGAUUCAUACAAUCAUUUAAAUAUUUCAAAUCAUUUAAAUAUUUCAAAUCAUUUAAAUAUUUCAAAUCAUACCAAUCAUUCAAAUGUUACCCAAACUGAAUAUAAUUCUCUUAUCAAGAUGAAAGAUUUAAUUUCAUUAUUACAAAUUGCAGAUGAAUAUCAAGUAGAAUCUCUUACUAGAGCUAUAUCUCGAGUAUUGAAUGAUUACAAUGCAUCAACCAUUGCAUUUACAUGUUUAGAAUUAUCUGAAGAUACAAGGAAUAUUAUUAUUCCAAAAGCAUGUGAUGUGUUGGCUAUGAAUUUACCAUGUAUCGUUGCUGAUCAUAUUUUUAAUCAUUACUGCUCAACACGUGAUACCAAUAAUAAUAGUGAUAAUAAUAAUAGUAAUGGUACUACUACUAUCACUACCAUUACUACUACUACUACCACGAAUGGUGCUACUGUGAAUGGUGCUACUGCAAAUAAUAGUAAUGGUACUACUACUACUACUACUGCUGAUGACACAAAUACUACUACCACUACUACCACCAAUGAUGAUGAUACAGAUAUAAAUAAUUCUUGUCUAGUCUCUCUAUUCACACAAGAAGAAUUACAACUUGUCUCUACCAUUGGUCAUUUAUUGAUGAAUCCAUCGAGGACUGUCGUUGAACAUGAACGAGAAUUGAUUUUAGAUAUUACUUCAAAAGAAUUUCCAUUCAUCAAACAUUCCAUUCCUGACAAUAUGAAUGCUGAAAUUUCUAAAUUAGUACUCGUAUUGAAAUUGAAUGUCAAACUUCGAAUCAUUGCAUCUCUACCUUUUGAAAUGAUGAAUUAUAUUCUAAAAUCAAAAAACAUGACAGUAUCAUCUGAGAUUGUUUGUUUUUUAAUUCUCUCAUGGCUAUUACAUGAUUAUGAGAAUCGUUUCUAUGAAAGUUCAAAAUUAUUAAUUUCAUAUUUGGAUUGGACCACUUGUCAAACUGGAUUAUUAUAUUCUCUUAUUUAUCAUGUAUUUAUUUUAGGUAUUGGAGCAUGUCAAUUCAAUCAUCCUCCUAUUGAACUCAAUUCUAUUAUUGAGAAUUUAAAAGAUCGUCUCAUUAUGACUCUUUUCAAAUUGAAUGGUACCAUUUCUAAUGAGGAUUGGGAAAAGUUUGGAUUUGAUAUCAAGUAUGGUAUGGAUCAUGGUGAUGAGAGACAAAGACUACCAAAAUUCAAGAAGGAAUUGAGAGCUUUAAUGAUUGGAUUAGAUGCUACUGGUAAAACGAGUAUUCUUUACAAGUAUAAAUUGGGUGAAACAGUAACGACCAUACCAACCAUUGGAUUUAAUGUUGAGACGGUCAGGUAUAAAAAUUAUGAUAUUACUAUGUGGGAUGUUGGUGGAGGUAACAAAAUUCGUCCAUUAUGGAGACAUUACUAUCAAAAUACAGAUGUGGUCAUUUUCGUUGUAGAUUCCAAUGAUCGAGAGAGAUUGAGAGAAGCAAGUGAUGAAUUUCAUAGAUAUUUAAUUCAUGCUGAUGAAUUGUCCAAUGCUUCAUUCAUAAUUUUAGCAAACAAACAAGAUUUACCACAUGCAGCGAGUACUGAAGAAAUUUGUGAAGUCAUGAAAUUACAUACAGUGAAAGAUCGUAAAUGGUUCAUUCAAGGAUGUUGUGCCAUUACAGGAGAUGGACUCUAUGAAGCAUUGGAUUGGGCAACGACUGGUAUUCAGCUCACUUGGGGAAUUCAUUCCACCACUAUUAGUAUUGAUGAGAUUACUCUUUUCACCUUUCAAAAAAAGAGUUUCUUUCUGAAAAGGUGUCCAUGGUUCAUUGGUAAUGGAAUAAUUUUGACCCAAUUCAACAAUUUCAUUAAACACACGUUGAGUCUUGUAUGGAAAAUCAGCAAUUUCAUGUAA